AUAUAAACUGAUCUGAUUGGUUGUGAUUUGCAGAUCUGUCCUAUGAGAAGUCCAUCAGUAAGACUGUCCAUGUAGGAGGAGAUUUGAAUAUCAGCUGUAAAUACCCACAAUCCCUCAGGAGUGACCCCAAGUUUCUCUGCAAGACGAGUCUGCUAGAUUCUGCUUGUUCUUAUAAAGAAUCUGUUAAAGAAAGUAGAAAAUAUGUAAAUGAGGGGAAAUUCUCCCUGUAUGAUGACAGAGAAACACAAAUGUUGACUGUGAGUAUUAGAAAUGUAACUGAGCAGGACUCUGGUGAAUACUGGUGUGGAGCUGAAGCAGCCUGGACAUCUGAUCAUGGAUACAAGGUUUAUUUCACACAGAUCGACCUGACAGUUACUGACCCAUUUGUCCCAGUUUCAACCUCGAAACCAACACAACCUUCAUCAUCACCAUCAUCUUCUUCUUCAUCUGAGUCUGCUCCAGCUUCUCCUCCAGCAGGAUUUCCAGUUUCCAUUGUGAUCACUGUGUCUGUAAUUCUGCUGCUGCUUCUGAUUGCAAUCUCAUUCCUCUUUGUGAUUCUACAAAAAACACACAAGAAUCAAGGAGGUACAUUUUCUACUGGCAGGAGUUCUGUCCAAACCUCAGGAAAUCACCAAGGGGUUCCUCCUGAUAUCUGUUUCUAUGAGGAGAUUGAAGACACCAGACAACUUUCUGCCUCAGACACUGGAUCUUUUUCAGUUUACUCUACUGCUCAACUACCCACAAUCCUCGCUGAUCCUGAAACUGUUUAUUCAAACAUAGAGUUAUCCACAAUUCUCUGUGAUUCUACUGUUUAUUCUACUAUUCAACGACCCUCAAUCCCCUCUGAUCAGGACAUCUACUCCACAGCUCAGUUACCCACACGUCUCUCGGCUGAGAAAUCUGAUGAAGGUCUGACUUAGGCAGCAGUGAGUUUUCACUCCAGGGCCACCAGCUCUAAUGAUGCAGUUCCACAGAUUCUCUUUAAGAAGGAAGAGGUCUCGUGUGACUAUGAUACAGUCAGUCAUGUUAAUUCAUGUGGCUAGUUUCUCAUCAUUAGUGCUGCAACCAUGUGGCACUGGAACUCUACCGCUUUGUUUUCUUCUUCAUCAUCAUCAAAAUAUGUUGGUUAUUAUUAGGCAAAAAAAAGACUGAUAAGUGGUCAUUAUUUUUUCAAGAUUAAGUCUGUGAGGAUUGCGGGAGUGGAUUCUACGGAAGCCCUAAGCGGCCAUGCAUUGUUAAUUUUUCUUUAAUGCUUUCUCGUGAUCUCGACUUAAUUAUUCUAUGUAUUAGACAGCCAUCGUCUCGAAGUCAGUGGGUUUUUUGAAUGGGUUUUUGGUUAAAUGUCUGAAAUAAGGUCUGUGGUUAACACAAUCUCAAGAUUUUUUCACGUUUUAUUCUAUGACAUAAAAGAUAUCAGUAGUACUCCACUCAUGAUUUUGAAAAAGGUGGCUGCUGACGAGUGGCUAAAUGAGAGUACAGAGAUUAUCGAGGAAAUUAAACGUCAUCACGCCGAACAGGAAAACUCAUCUACUACAGCCUCGUUGUGUUUAUACUCACGCUCUUGCACAAAUAUUCCACACUCAGACUUUCCAACUUGUAGAUUUAUCAGUUUAUAAUAUUUUCCAAUGGUAGUGUUUUUUUAAAUAAAGAUUGAAAGAGUUGUCGGAAGCGUAGCGGUGCUGAUGUUGAAGUCACGCGACCGUGGUGUAGCUCGUUUAUAGCCUAAUAUUAGCUUUUAACUUCUGGCGAUUGUA